AUGGUCUCGGGCACGACAUGGCGCAGGCACUCAGAAGAAGCCAACACCGAAGAUGAAAGAGAAAGGAUGCGCACAGGUCGAGCACUCAAUGGGCACAGUAUACCCGCUUUUUCAGUUCCACCUGCAGAGAGCAGCGCGCUAGUUCUACCUCCAAGUGCUCGUCGCUUGGAUGCAAUCCGUGGCCUCGCUAAACGAGCGCGAGAAAAUUGUCGCGCAAAGUUGGACGCCGUAAACGAGCCAAACAGACUGAACCCAGACGAUGAACAUAAUGACUAUGACUAUCAUAAUGACGACGUUCCCGCUCCCAACGACGUUCCCGCUCCCAACAAACCUCCUGCUCUCAACCGCCCUCCUGCUCCCAACGAGCUUUCUGCUCCCAACGAACCUCCUGCUGAUAAUAAAUUCGGAUUGAUAUUAGGCCUAGAAUCAGGCCCAGGAUCGAUAUCGACCAGCUCACCCAGAGUGCGGUACUGCCGAAAAUACAGGACACCAUGGUAUUUGUGA